CCCUUGUCACUCGCCCAUGGCAUCAAUACGAGAAGCCAAGGAGGAUGACGAAGCGACAGUCGUGCAGCUCUGGCAGCUUUGCGGCCUCGCGGUAAGCUACAAUGAUCCAGUGCAGGACUUCCACCAAGCCCUGCGUGGUCCCUCAUCCACGAUCCUAGUCGCAGACGAGGGCGCGACGGGAGCCAUCAUGGUCGGUCAUGACGGCCAUCGCGGCUGGCUAUACUACGUUGCUGCCCACCCAGACGAGCGAGGCAAGGGACUGGGUCGUCAGCUGGUCGAGGCAGCGCAGGCCUGGCUUCGUGAGCGGGGUGUAGCCAAGUGUCAGCUCCUCAUUCGCGAGAACAACGUCGGAGUGGCUGCAUUUUACGAAUCCCUGGGCUACGAGGUGACGCCUCGCACCGUCAUGGCAAAGUGGCUAUAGCGCGCGGCGGCGCGUGACCUCAUGGUAUUCUAUCUAGUCCAAUGCACCGCUCCUCAAAGCUGCUGCGCCCGCGCCUACGCCCACGCCCGCGCCUACGCCCACGCCCACGCCCAACCCCACGCCCACGCCCACGCUCUACGCCCCUCUAUGCUUCUUGAACGUCUCUGCCACUCCUUUGCCCUGCUUCAAGUCCUCUAGGCACCUCGCAUCCACCUCGCGUCCCUUCUUUGUCAGCUCGACGACCUCGGCAACCUGCUUGCGCGGUACCACGACGACGCCAUCUACGUCUGCGAGGAGGAUGUCCGAGGGUUGCACGGUCAUUGUUGGCCAGGCUGGGUCUGCGUCGGAUGGUGGGAUAUUGGAGUCGCAGCGAAUCUCAAUAGGCUCGCCCAGAGUAGCGGGACGGGUGAAGGGGGAUUGGCCCAGCGUUGAGUGGCCCUUGGCAAAGAUGGUUAUGCC